AUGAUUGCGCCUGUCGAGCAUGUGCAGAGCAAGGAGCCUGCCUAUCCAGACUACCUUCCUCACUACGACCCGAGUGAAAAGGUUGAACCGGUUGGCGCUUUCGAGCACGAUGACCCGGGCCACAGAGCAGAUGCCGCGCUACCCAACUUGAUGAAGGAAGCGACCAACAUGUUCGAACUGAGCCCUCAUUGUGGUACCGAGCUUCACGGGGUGCAGAUAUCCGAGUUGUCAUCCGCGGGCCUUGACGAGCUGGCGCUCCUGACGGCCGAGCGGGGAUGCGUCGUUCUGCGCGAGCAGAAGUUCAACGACAUCGGCUUCGAGGCGCAGAAACAGAUCGCCUCGCACUUCGGGCCCCUGCACCGUCAUGGAUGGAUGCCGCAUCCGCAAAACGGCCCCAUAGAGUUUGUCAUCGUCUUUGAUUCCCAGGAUGAUCUCAGGAUCCGGAAGUCGUGGGCCAGAAAGAGCCCAAUCCAGUUCCACGUGGAUCAGUCGCCUGAGCCACAGCCUCCUGGGUUGACAUUCUUCUGCAUGCUCGAGUCGCCUCCGGGUGCGGGAGGUGAUACCAUCAUUUCGCAUAUGGGACGCGCUUUCGAUCGUCUCUCGCCGUCAUUCCGUAAACGGCUGGAAGGCCUGAACGCAAUCCACACCACGGCCAAUCCGAUUAUGCGCGAGAUUAGAGACAACGGCAAUCAAGCCGUCCUGCGGCGACCAAUCACCAAGUCAACUCACCCUGUCGUGACCGUUCAUCCGGUCACCAAGAGGAAGUGUCUGUUCGUCAACUCGUCUUAUACUCAAAGUAUCGUUGGCUGGGACGAAGAGGAGUCGGAUUACAUGCUCAAAUUUCUGUUCGAUCAUGUCAACCGUGGUGCCGAUUUCUCGUGCCGCGUGCGGUAUGAGCCGGGGACAAUCGUGGUUUGGGACCAGCGUUGCACUCAGCACUCUCAGACUCUAGACUACAAUCCAGGUCAGCGACGCCACGCCUUCAGAUUGACGCCAUUGGCAAAUGUGCCAAUUCCAAGUAAAGUCGAGGAGGACGAUGGGAGCUGUCAAGAAGAUGAAGCUAGGGUGAUGCUGAACUUGUGCUAA